AUUUGCUUUGUCCUGCCGCCCCCUCUUGUUUUGCUCAGAUCCGCAUCGCCUCCCCCUUGCCGAAAGCCCACCGACUGUCGCUUCGUGCCUCUUUGACUCCGCUUGGCCAAUGGUGCUGGUGGUGGUGAAGAGUCUCACGGGCGAGACGCUCUUGGAGGAGGAGUUGACCGCCAUCAAUGCGCAGGAGAUCCUCCAGAAGUUGAAGGCCAGUUGCUUCGAUCGCUUAUUGAUGGGCUCCACCACCGUGGACCGCGAGAUGCCCAUCCCAGAGGCUUCCAGCACUGUGGACUUGACCUUGGUUCGCGUGGACCUGGGCCUUCUAGCUGGCCUGAGCGAGGAGAUGAUGCAAACACUGCAUGACUUUGGCUCCAUCCAGGAUGCCCCAGGUGCUUUGAGCAGCACGGGGCGUUGCUUGUCCAUCGCCAAGGCCGACAGCCAGUCCUUCUCGGGCGGAGGCUUUGGCGGGAACUCGACGCUGCACCAUUUGCUGUUGCUCCCCGACGGGCGCAUUCUGGCCAAGUACCAUCAUGAGAGUGACUAUAUGGAGCACUGCGGCGAUUAUGAUUGCAGCUGCUGCUGGGAGAUCGCCGAGGGGCGUUUCGAGCCCAUCGUGGACGCGCCGGGGGAGAUCCAGGUCACCUGGUCCGGUUGGGCUGAGCUCCGUCACCACAGCAGCGAGCCCUUUGGCCCAGGGACCAUCACGAAGGACUGGGAAGCGAAGGUCAUUGAUGAAAAAGUUCGAAGGGGCCCUGCAGUGCUGGUGCCCACGGAGCGAGGACGCUUGAGCAUUCCGAAGCUCUGCGAAAUUUGGGCGAAGGAAGGCAGCGGUGGUGUGGGCUGCGCACGGUCGAAGAGCCUGCGCGUGAGCAAGUCCGAGGCCAUGCCGAAACUCAACGAGGAGACGUUAAAGACCUUGGAGAUGGAUCCUGCCAACUUGAGUUUCUGGGAGCUGGUCUAGUUCCUUCGCUUUCGGACAGAUGUCUUGCUGUAGUGACACGUCCGACACUGUAGGAAGCAUGGCAGACGGACGCACUGCAGCACGUGCUCGUGCUCUGACCAAAAAAUAGGUUCAUA